AUGACUUGGAGGCUUUGCUGUACCUGGAUUUUUGUCCUCCUCCUUCCUGGCCUCUCAGAUGGAGGGAAGCUCCUGGUGGUGCCCAUGGUGGGAAGCCACUGGCUUAGCAUGCAGAAAGUAGUUGAAAAGCUCUCCGAGAGAGGACACGAGGUGGUGGUGAUAGCGCCAGAAGUAAGCUGGCAGAUGGAAACGACACAGGCUUACACUGUGAAAACACAUCCAGUGUCUUUGCCGCUAGAAGAAGUGGACAAUGCCUUUCGUGAGUCUCUUGCCGCUCACCUGAGUGACCUGCCUUUCCCAAUGAAUGCAAUAGCAAUGUACAGGAGCUCAGACCGUUUUUUCCGUAUAUUCUUUACUCAGUGCAGGGACCUCUUCAGCAGCAAGGAGACCCUGCAGUACUUGAACCAAAGUGCCUUCGAUGCUGUCCUAACAGACCCUGUUUCUAUGUGCGGACCAAUCCUUGCUAAUUAUCUUUCUCUUCCAUCUGUGUUCUUCAUGAGAGGAUUUCCUUGCAGCUUACACUAUAAAGCAACACAGUGCCCAAGCCCUCUCUCCUACAUCCCAAGGCUCUUUUCCUUCAACUCAGACCACAUGACAUUUUUACAGAGAGUCGAAAAUGCACUGAUUGAUCUCUUGGAACUUGAGUACUGUAACAGUUUAUAUGAAGAUGCACGAAAGCUUUCCUCAGAAGUUCUUCAGAGAGAUGUAUCCUUGUUGGAUCUCCUGAAUUCUGCUUCCAUUUGGCUUAUGAGGUUUGACUUUGUGUUUGAGUAUGUCAGGCCAGUGAUGCCCAAUAUGGUCUUCAUCGGAGGUAUAAACUGUGUUCAGAAGAAACCACUGCCUAAGUUCCCAAGACCAGUGAUGCCAAACAUGGUUUUUAUUGGAGGGAUAAACUGUGAGCAGAAGCAAAACUUGUCUCAGAUAACUAAGCCAACUGUGGGAGUGGCUGAUAAACUGUCCAACACUCAGAAGCACCUCAAAGAUGGAGGGAAACUCCUGGUGGUGCCCAUGGUGGGAAGCCACUGGCUUAGCAUGCAGAAAGUAGUUGAAAAGCUCUCCGAGAGAGGACACGAGGUGGUGGUGCUUAUGCCAGAAGUAAGCUGGUGGAUGGAGACGACACAGGCUUACACUGUGAAAAAAUAUCCAUCAUCUCUGGCACUAAAAGAAGUGGACGAUGCCUUUUGUGAGUCUCUUGCCACUCUCCUGAGUGACCUGCCUUUCCCAGUGAAUGCUAUAGCAAUGUACAGGAGCUCAGACCAUUUUUUCUGUGCAUUAUUUACUCAGUGCAGGGACCUCUUCAGCAGCAAGGAGACCCUGCAGUACUUGAAUCCAAGUGCCUUGAUGCUGUUGUAA